AUGACUCCUACAAAAGCUCCCGGCAAAAUAUAUCCAAUCAAAACAUUCAUAUCAGAAUUACCGCGCAAUCACCUCCCGCCGUCUCUCCAGAACUAUUCCGAGAAUAGCCCUCUUAAUGGACGCCUGGUUGUUAUAGGCGACGUACAUGGGAUGAGGAAAUCCCUAGAGGCUCUCCUAGACAAGAUAAACUUCGACAAAAGCAAAGGAGAUCAUCUCAUCCUAACAGGCGACCUAGUCAACAAAGGGCCCGACAGCCCUGGUGUCGUUGACAUUGCCAUGAGACUAGGCGCCAGCGCAGUACGCGGCAACCAUGAGAACGCAGUUCUCAAUGCUGCCGCGGAAAUCAACACCAGAAGAGCUAGUCUACAUUCUGAAAACUUGACUGGCAGUCCGACCCUGCUUGAUGACCCCGUAAACGAUCAGCCCCGGGAUUCCAUCAAAGAACCCGAAGUAACUGCAAAGAGCCCACCUUCUAGCUCGCAUACCACGGCAUUGUCACUCUCGGAGAGUCAGCUUGACUGGCUUGCCGCUUUGCCUUUGAUUUUGCGCGUCAAGUUAUCUCAUACCUUUACAUCCUCCCUUGGCGACACUCUUCUCAUCGUACAUGCGGGCCUCGUCCCUGGUACCCCGCCUGAAGAGCAGGAUGCACAUGCUAUCAUGCAUAUGCGGAGCCUAGUUCGUACACCGGACGAGGAUGCAUUCAUACCAGCUGAAAUGGCUGGAGAAGAAAGCUGGAUCACAGAAUGGGACCGGUGGCAAGAUAGGUUGAACUCCAAGACCACCGUGGUAUUCGGGCACGAUGCAAAGCGUCGGUUACAGCUGGGUCAGUAUGCGAUUGGAUUGGAUUCGGGGUGUUUGUACGGUCAUCAGUUGAGCGCGGUUGUAAUUGCCGCUUCUCAUGGGGUAAUUGAGUAUCGUGUUGUUCAGGUUGAGUGCAUUGAUGAGCCUGUGGCUCCGACUGUCGCGGUGAAAGAAGACGAUAAGAUGGUUUUUGUAUGA